AUGCAGAACGAGUGGUUAGACAUAGGAGAUUUUUGCAUCCCAUUAGCAUUAAAAUGGCGCACUUUAAUUUAUGAUUGGUCGCCAGCAUUGCCUAAAUUCUAUCUCAAUGCGUUCCAGAUGACUCUCCCAGAUCAGAGUAAUUUAGUAAGAUGGGGUAAAAGUACCGAAAAAACUUGCUAUAUCUGUGGAAAGGCAGUUGGAACUGCUAAGCAUCUGCUGGUGGGAUGUAAGGUACUCCUUGACAGCGGUCAAUACUCGCGUCGUCACGAUAGGGUUCUAGAAGUCAUACGUGAAGCGGUUAGUCUUUCGGUAGCCAGAGCGCAAAAGGGAAUAACCACAAACGAACGAUCAGUAGGUUUUGUGAAAGAAGGCACUAGGGCUACAAAAUCAAACGUCAAGCCUUACUCCAUCCUUAAAGCGGCGUCGGAUUGGACUAUAAUGAUGGACACGUAUGAAAAACAAUAUAAAAUCCCCGAGGAUAUUUGUGCGUCGGCCUCCAGACCGGAUAUAUUUUUGUUUUCGCGAAUUUUAAAGCGCGUAGUGAUGAUAGAGCUUACGGUCCCUUGGGAAACCAACAUCCCCAAAGACCAUACCAUCAAGGUCAACAAAUAUUACGAGCUCACAAACGAACUCACUCGAAAUAGGUUCGUAGUAAAUUUGUACGCGGUAGAGGUGGGAGCGAGAGGUAUAACAGCGAAAUCUCUCUAUAACCUACUAAAGGACUUGGGCUUGUCCAGAACUCACAUUAAUGCAUUCUUGGAACGUACAUCGAAGGCAGCCCUAGUAGGUUCUUUUCAAAUUUGGUUAGGUAGGGAGAGGAGCUUGGACAGUGGAGGUGAGCGUAUAACGCGCGUUAGUUAA